GGAGGGCCGGCUGGUGGCGGCCGGGCCGGGUGGGGCGCUCGCACCUGCUGGGUGGCGGCUGCACUCGGCGCUCAAGGCGGCCGCGGAAGGACGGCUCGGAGGCGCUGGGCGCAGGGGGACCAUGUUGCCGGGUGAGAGGAGCGUCCAAGUGUGAAGGCCCCGCCCUCCGUUCCGCACCGAGGAUCGGAACCCCCCGCGGUGAUGGCUCGUGUCCCGCCCGGAGACCGGAGCUGUCUUGAGCCCGCGGCUCGCAGCGGUGGCACUUCCACCCCGACCCUCCCCGGGCCAGCGCCGCCCCACGAACGCGCCCACCACACACUCUCCUUAAGGCCAGCAAGCCGCGCGGCUAAUGGUGUCCUGGGACCCAGAUGGCAAACUUCAAGGGUCACGCUCUCCCAGGGAGCUUCUUCUUGAUAGUUGGACUGUGGUGGUCAGUGAAGUACCCACUGAAGUACUUUCACCAAAAGGGGAAGAGCAGCCGACUGACUCAUCACUACGAGCGUCUCGAGAUCAUCGAAGCCGCAAUCAGAACUUUCUUUUCAAUUGUCGGGAUCCUGGCGGAGCAGUUUGUUCCAGACGGGCCCCACCUACACCUGUACCAUGGAGACCACUGGGUAAAGCUCAUGAACUGGCAGCACAGCACCAUGUACCUGUUCUUUGGGGUCUCGGGAAUCGUGGACAUGCUGACCUACCUCUUCACCCACGUCCCCUUGGGGCUCGACAGACUGGUUAUGGCUGUGGCAGUAUUCAUUGAAGGUUUCCUCUUCUACUUCCAUGUCCACAACCGGCCGCCGCUGGACCAGCACAUCCACACACUCCUGCUGUGCGCCUUGUUCCCAGGGGCUGUCAGCCUCACCCUGGAAGUGAUCCUCCGGGACAACAUCGUGCUGGAACUCUUCCGCACCAGCCUCCUUAUUCUUCAGGGCACCUGGUUCUGGCAGAUCGGGUUUGUACUGUUCCCGCUUUUUGGAGCACCCGAAUGGGACCAGAAAGAUGACACCAACAUCAUGUUCAUCACCAUGUGCUUCUGCUGGCACUACUUGGCCGCUCUCUGCAUUGUGGCCACCAGCUACUCACUGGUUUACUGCUUCCUGACGCAGGUAAAGAGGUCUGGAGAUAGAGAAAUCAUUGGGAUUCAGAAGCUGACGUCAGAUCACACCUACCAGAAGGCCCUCCUGAGUGGUUCAGAUGAGGACUAGAGACAGCCAUCGGUCACCAAUGGAGGAUGGAGUGUCCUCUGGGUGCAGAGCUGGUGGUCAAUAGGGUAGCUUACUUCCUCCACUGUAACCCUCACUGUGAUCCACUUCAAGGGUCUGUAUAUUUGCAUCUGCUCAUUUAACCAACUAAAGUCUGUGUUGGUAUGCUGUACUUUGUAGAGAAAAAUGAAGCAAGCCUUUGGGGCUUCCCUGGUGGCGCAGUGGUUAAGAAUCUGCCUGCCUGCCAACGCAGGGGACACGGGUUCGAUCCCUGGGCUGGGAAGAUCCCACAUGCCACAGAGCAACUAAGCCUGUGUGCCACAACUACUGAGCCCACGUGCCACAACUACUGAAGCCCACCCGCCUAGAGCCCAUGCUCUGCAAUAAGAGAAGCCACCGCAAUAAGCCCACACAUCACAACAAAGAGUAGCCCCCGCUCACUGCAACUAGAGAAAGCCCGCGUGCAGCAACAAAGACCCAACAUAGCCAAUAAAUAAAUAUUUAAAGGAAAAAAAAAUGAAG